AUGGAGCAUCUCGCCUGUUUCUCGGGAGGAAUGUUUGCACUUCAGUCAGCCAACGAGUACAAUGCCAGUGUUUCGAGACAUUACUUGGAUCUCGCCGAGAAGCUAGCUCAUACAUGCCACGAGUCCUACACACGUACUGCGAUUGGCAUCGGACCGGAAGCUUUUCGGUUCACUAACGACAAUGAGGCUAAAGCUGUAGCGAGUAAUGAGAAGUACUACAUAUUGAGACCUGAGGUUGUUGAGACAUGGUUCUAUCUCUGGCGCAUCACGAAACAGGACAAGUAUCGAGAAUGGGCCUGGAAGGUAGUGCUAGCUCUAGAGAAGUAUGCUAAAGUGGAAGGCGGUUAUUCUGGAAUUCGAGACGUUUAUACUGUUCCAGUGGAUCAUGAUGAUGUACAGCAGUCAUUUUUGUUUGCCGAGCUUUUCAAAUACUUGUAUUUAAUUUUUGCUGAUGACGACAUUCUGCCUUUAAACCAAUGGGUAUUCAAUACGGAAGCUCAUCCAUUCCCCAUUCGGAAGCAAUAA